UCAUCAUCGUCAUCUUCUUCUUCUUCUUCUUCUUCUUAAAGUGAGUCGAAAACUCAGUCUUUGCUGAUUGCUCAGUGCUCUCUCUCACAUCUUCCAUAGCCGCACCGCGCCAUUUUCACCUCUUCUUUCCCUUUUCGUCUGUUGAAUUACAGACCCAAUGCUUCUUAGCCUAAGCCCCUGUGCCUCCACUCGACCGCGGCUCCACUUCGCGUUCGCCGACGCUCCCACCUCUGCAUCCCCAUGUCCGACCGUUCAUUUCUCGACUUGUUUUCGGGCGAAUUCGAGGUCGAUGACCCAUGUCGCUAAGGCAAGCAGAGGCUCCAAGUCCGGUGCCCCGAAUUCGCCUACAGAUGAAGGAGGAGGAAUGGUAAUUGAUUUUGACGAAGAGAAGGGCGAAGAAACGAAGGGGUUCUCGUCGAGUGGUGGUGGGUUUAGAGGGAGAGAAGAAGAAGAGAAGAAGUAUGAUCGAGACCCUGAGUUCGCUGAAAUCCUCGGGAGCUGUCUUGAUGAUCCCCAGAAGGCUCGUUCUAAAAUGGAGGAGAGACUGAGGAAGAAAAGGAACAAGAUAUUGCAUGCAAAGACCGGUUCAGCUGAACCGAUGAAAGUGAAAUUCAACAAAUUUGAUUUUUCAAAUUCAUACAUGUGGUUUGAAUUCUACAAUGCUCCACUGCCAAAAGAUAUCUCCUUAUUAUGUGAUACAAUUCGAUCAUGGCACAUUGUCGGACGUCUGGGCGGUUGCAAUUCCAUGAAUAUGCAACUGUCACAAUCUCCCCUGGAUAAAAGACCGAACUAUGAUGCCAUUCAAGGCGCCAAUGUGACGCCAACCACAUUUUAUAACAUCGGGGACCUUGAGAUACAAGACAACUUGGCCUGUAUAUGGGUUGAUAUUGGCACGAGCGAACCAUUGCUUCUGGACGUCUUGAUAAAUGCACUGACGCAAAUAAGCUCCGAUUAUGUUGGGAUUAAGCAAGUGGUGUUCGGUGGAUCAGAAUUCGAGAGUUGGAAGGAGAAUCUGACUUCAGAGGACAUGGGUUAUAGCGUGCACAAAAUUUAGCCAGACUCGCUGUAUUAUCAGGGAAACAUCUUCGAUUGGAAGAUAAGUCUCUCCCUUUCUUUCUAAAGAUGGGUUUGUUGCGGUGAGGAAGAGGGUCUCUUUCAGCUUGCAAUCGCAACAGAAAUCAAGAUUAAGAAGUGCAGGUAACACACCUGGAUCUUGGACAGCUUGGAUCGACGCGAGGCUUGGGGCUCAAGAAUGUAUAGUCUCGCAUCUUAUUUUUUAAGUAGAGUUGCAGGUACUUGAUUGACAAUGCCAGUGGGUAAAUAACAUACAUCAUC